AUGUAUUCGGAUAAAUCUCCAUAUCCUGACAGUUUUAACCCGGGGUUCUAUCAGAAAUUCUGGGACAUAGUUGGUUCGGAUGUAAUGAAGUUGGUGCAACAAUUCUUUAUGUUUGGUGAGUUUUCGAAUAACCUGUAUGACACCCAUAUUGUCCUUAUUCCUAAAAAGUCUAAGCCUGAAUCUAUGAAUGAUUUUCGGCCUAUUGCUCUUUGUAAUGUGAUCUACAAAAUAGUCUCGAAGGUGUUAGCUAACCAAUUCAAAGGUGUCCUUCAUCAUGUCAUUUUAGAAUCUCAAAGUGCUUUCAUUCCUGGUAGGCUUAUUAUGGAUAAUAUUUUAAUAUCCUUCGAGAUUAUGCAUUAUCUGAAACGGAAAAGCUCGGGUAAAGAGGGAGUUAUGGCUAUCAAGCUUGACAUGAGCAAGACGUAUGAUAGAAUUAAGUGGGGAUUUCUUCAGGCAACAAUGAAGACGAUGGGGUUUAGUGAUAAGUGGAUCCACUAUUUAUAUUGCCGUGCUACUGAGGAGGAAUCCAAUAAUGUGAUGGAGCUUCUCCAUUGCUUUCAAAUAGCUUUAGAGCAGCAGGUAAAUUUGAAUAAAUCCUCUAUUUUUUUCAGUGCUAAUACUGGGGUGGAUGUUCGUGCGAGAAUCUGUUCUAUCUUGAAGGUUCAAGAGGCAAGAGAGACAAGUACUUACUUGGGUCUUCCCAACAUUUUGGGAAGAAAUAAAAAUGUUUUGCUGGGAUUCUUAAAAGAAAAAAUGAGGAAAAAGAUACAGAGUUGGGAGGGAAAAUUCUUAUCUAAAGCAGGCAAAGAGUUGCUCUUGAAAACUAUGGCUCAAUCCUUGCCUAGUUAUGCUAUGAAUGUCUUCUUGCUUCCUAUGAAAACUGUUAACGAAAUGGAGCAGUUAAUGUGCAAAUAUUGGUGGAAGUCCUCUUCAAAGAAUAAUAAAGGGAUUCAUUGGAAGAGUUGGGAUAAGCUAACGGUUCAUAAAUCAAAAGGAGGGAUGGGUUUUAGAAACCUUCAUGAUUUUAAUCUCUCUUUAUUGAGUAAGCAAGGUUGGCGGUUGCUCUGUAGGCCUCACACACUUGUUGGCCGUUUGUUUCAGGCUAGAUAUUAUGUGGGAAAGGACUUCUUGAAUGCAGAAUUGGGAAGUAAUUCUAGUUUUGUUUGGCGUAGUAUCUUUGAAACAAAGGAGCUGGUUAGGAUGGGGGCACGUACGCGGGUUGGAAAUGGUUCUGAAAUUAAUAUAGUUUCAUAUCCUUGGCUUCCUUGUGGUGAGAAUUCGAGAAUCAGUUCGAGUCAUCCUGCUUUGUUAAAUCAAAAUGUUGCUGCUCUUAUGGUCACUGAUUGUUUAGCUUGGGAUGUGGACUUGCUGGUGGGAUCUGAUUUUUGGGAUAAAUUAUGGCGUCUUAAAGUUCCUCCGAAGGUGAAAGAUCUAUUGUGGAGAGUUGCCUCGAAUUGUCUACCAACUAAGGUACAACUGCGGCAUAGACAUGUCAACAUUGACUCCAUUUGCCCUGUGUGUUCCUCGGAUAGUGAGACAAUAUUGCAUCGACUGGUGGAGUGUUCUUUUCCUCGGGCUUGCUGGGUCAAUACGGGACUCGAAGUUACAAUGGACUAUGCUGGAACUUUCAGAGGAUGGCUUGACACUUGUUUUAAAGCUUUUGAGGAGGAACAAAGAAAGACCAUAGACAUCACUUGUUGGGCUAUAUGGAAAGUAAGAAAUAUUUGUAUUUGGAAGGAAAAAAGUGUAAAUGUGGCUGCUGUCAAUCUUUUGGCUACAAGCAUGUUGGAACAAUGGAGCAAGGCGUAUAACUUUGCUUGUAUUUCUAGGGAUGCAUCGGGCCAUGCUUUGGAAGCCAUUUCCUGCUGCAAACCAGGCACCGUGACUCCAGAAAUAGCAGAGGCUAUGGGUGUGAGAGAGGCUUUAAGCUGGCUAAAGAAGAAAGGUUGGAAUCGGGUUACCAUCGAAACCGAUUAUCUUACUGUGGUUCAAGCUAUUCGUAGUCCACUUCCUAUGUUUUCCUAUUUUGGAAGUGUAAUUUCAGACUGUAAGACGUUGUUGAAAGAUGUUAAUGAUAUGUCUAUUUUACAUGUUAAACGAUUUGCCAAUAGUGUUGCUCAUACAAUUACUCGAGUUUCAUCUUGUGCCGUUAAUCGUGUCAUUAGGAGUAAUGAGUUUACUCCUGAUAUCCGUGAUAUAAUCGUGAAAGAAGUUUAUUAA